AAUUAGAGGUAGCAUCAUCACUCGUGACAGGCAUGGGUUGGCGGCAAAACGGACCGUUAACGUCGUCGUCGAAUCCAUCGGCACAAUACCAACUCCACUUCCUUUCGUCUGUCUUCCACAAACCACCAAUGGCGAAUCGGUUAAUUACUUCAACAGAAAGGGCUUUUCCUUUUUUUGGACGAGGUUGCAAGCAAGCAAACAAAACAGCAAAAUCAACGAUCGGCUGAGAAAGACAGAAAGACAGAAAGAGAGAACUGAACCAGACGCGUGAGAGCUUCGCCGGAGCAAACAACACACAUACACAUACACACACCACUGUGUGUGUAUCUGUGUGUUUAAUGGCGGCCAUAGCUAGGGCUUUCUUGAGCCCUCGGCUCACCGAUCCGUCACUCAAGCCACUCCAGCCUCAACCCCCUCCGAUUCUCCGACCGUUGCUUCUCGCCAUCGCCACCAAGAGGCAUCCUUCCUUUGCCGUCAGCUGCCUGGUUUCCGGCGUCGACGGCGGCGGAGUCUCCGAUGACUUUGUCUCCGCCACCAAAUCUGGAUCAUUCGAUCGGGAAUUCUCUGUAAUCGCCGAUAUGCUUAAGAAGAUCGAACCUUUAGACAUUUCCGUUAUCUCCAAGGGGGUUUCUGAUUCCGCCAAGGACUCCAUGAAGCAGACCAUCUCAACCAUGCUAGGAUUGCUCCCGUCGGAUCAAUUUUCCGUCACCGUUAGGGUUUCAAAACGUCUUCUGGAUCGCCUCCUCGUCUCCUCUAUAAUCACCGGAUAUACACUGUGGAACGCGGAGUAUAGAAUUUCAUUGAUGAGGAAAUUUAAUAAAUCGCCGGAGAGUUCAGAAAGUUCGACUUUUUCGCUGGACAAUGAUGUUUGGGAAAUAAACCAUGAGGACAGUGAGGUUGUUGGUGUUGAUGUUGAAGAUUUGGAGAGAGUAAACUUUCAGAGUAUUGGCGAUUUGUCGCCUGAGGUUCUGAACUACAUUCAGCAGCUGGAAUCGGAGCUAUUCACAGCUAAGAAGGAACUACAUUUUCAGAAGCAGAAACACAUAAGAAUGGAGCAUAUUAGAGAAAGUAACAAUGAUUUGUUGGAGUAUUUAAGGUCCUUGGAAUCCGAUAUGGUGACUGAACUAUCUCAGCUAUCGUCAUUAGAGGUGGAGGAAAUUAUUCGUGAACUUGUUCGAAACAUAUUGAAGAGAUUCUUUAAAAAUGAUACUCCCUCUGGUUUUAUUGGAGAUUCAGCUAUAAGGAGCACAGAGAACUACCAAAGUUGUUGUGACGAAUUUCACGAUGCCAUAAGCACUUCACGGGACUACUUGGCAAAGCUAGUUUUCUGGUGCAUGUUAUUGGGUCAUCACUUGAGAGGCUUGGAGAACAGACUUCAUCUGAGUUGUGUAGUUGGCUUGUUAUAAGUAAAGACAGUAGAAAUGGGCAUGUACAUAUUUUAUCAAGAAACUUUCUCCGUUUGAGUUUUAGGUUUGUGAAUCAUUAUCCCUUUUUAUCCAUAAUAAAUAAAAAUUGUACAUUUCAUUAUCA